CAGAAGCGGUGGGUUUGGGGGAAGGAAGGGAGGUUACCCACACCGUCCAGUGUAUGUACCGUGCGCCCAGAAGAGGUCGAGGGCGACGGAUCCGUCAUCGUCUCUCCGCCAUUUGAAAUAGAAAAGAUCACGAAUUUUUCUUUCUCCCUUCUCUCCCCCGCCGAACCCACUCGUUCCUCUUGAUCAUUGUUAUCCUUGUUCUUGCCAGAACCUGAGGCCGAUCCUUGAUCGAGCCACCAGAUUAGGGAUUUUGGCCCCGUGGAUUCGUGCUGCUCGUUUUGAUUUGCCAUGGCGGCUCCUCCUCCUAGGGCUCGGGCGGACUACGAUUACCUCAUAAAGCUUCUCCUGAUCGGCGACAGCGGUGUUGGGAAGAGCUGCCUUCUUUUGCGUUUCUCGGAUGGUUCCUUCACCACCAGUUUUAUUACCACAAUUGGCAUUGAUUUCAAGAUAAGAACAAUUGAGCUGGAUGGCAAGAGGAUUAAGCUGCAGAUUUGGGACACAGCUGGUCAGGAACGCUUUCGAACUAUCACAACUGCUUACUAUCGAGGGGCUAUGGGCAUUUUGCUUGUGUAUGAUGUAACUGAUGAAUCUUCUUUCAAUAACAUCAGGAACUGGAUUCGUAACAUUGAACAGCAUGCUUCUGAUAAUGUUAAUAAAGUUCUGGUUGGUAACAAGGCUGAUAUGGAUGAAAGUAAAAGGGCUGUGCCAACAUCAAGGGGACAAGCUCUUGCUGAUGAAUAUGGGAUCAAGUUUUUUGAGACUAGUGCAAAGACAAAUCUCAAUGUUGAAGAAGUCUUCUUUUCAAUAGCUAGAGAUAUCAAGCAGAGACUGGCAGAAAGUGAUACAAAAUCUGAGGAUCGGAUGAUCAAGAUAAACAAACCAGAUCAGACCGCCGCUGACGGUACUGCUGCAGUGAGAUCAUCAUGCUGUGGUUCCUAAGGGAAUAAAUUGGUGGUGGUGGCGUUGUUUUUUGGCAGCAGCGACAGGUGGGUUCAAUGUUGCCUCACUUGGGAACUAUUUUGCUUGUUAUAGGUACACAAAAAAUUCAUGACAAUGAUGAUAGUGCUUGUAUCUCCAAUCCUUCCAUUCUUUGAAACUUUGACUAGCCAUAACUGUCUUCUUUCGGUAAGUGGGAAACCUAUGUACUAGUUAUAUUUUUGGGAUUUAUGGAACCCCUAUUCAUUCGU